ACAUAUUAAACUCAAAACUGACAAGAAAGACAUUUUGAUUUAUCCAAAGUAAACCAAACUUAAGCAUUUAAUUUAAUCAUACACUAUUACACUUGCAUUAAUUCAAAAUACUAAAUUCAGUUAUUGGUCGUACUGAGAACUGUAGUUGAGCAAAAUGACAGAAUACUGGAAAUCGCAAGCUCGCAAAUAUUGUGAAUUUUGUAAAUGUUGGUUUGCUGACAAUAAAGUUUCAAUUUCUUUUCAUGAAGGAGGGAAACGUCACAAAGAAAAUGUUCAAAAACACAUAUCCCAAAUCACAAAGAAAAGCACUAAAGAAUUUAAACAAAAAGAGAAAAUUGAUGAUGACUUGAAAAAGAUGGAGGCAGCUGCCAUGGCUGCCUACUUGAAGGAUGUACAAAAUAAUGCAGACCUCACCUCACAAAGUAUUAACAACAUGUUGGGUGAAAGCAGCUCCUCAAACAAAAAUGAAGCAGUUGUGGAGGUUUCACAAGCUCGGCCCACUCCAGUUUGGCAUGAGGUCAAAGCUGAUGAUGGUUCAUACUUUUGGAACACAGAAACCAAUGAAACUACAUGGGAUCCCCCAGACCAUUAUUUAUCACUUGCUGAUCAGGAAAAAGAGAAACUGAAAGAAGAGGAAGCUAAGAAGAUUAAGAAAAAGCAAAAAGAACAGAAACAUAAAGAAGCCGUAGUGGAAGCGAAGGCGCACCUCGCCCGCGAGAGCAUGCGGGCGCUGUCCGUCCGGCGGCAGCAGCCCGGGCCGCCCGCCCGGCAGCAGCAGCCCGCGGCGCCGCUCGGGCCCGCGCCGCGCGCCGCCCCCUACGGCACGUGGCGGCCUGUUGAGAACAAACCAGUGGAGCAAAUCGACCUGCAGCUGCCGAAGCCCGACAAGGAAGUGCAGCCCCCGCCCGUCGUCGUGCAGCCCGAGGCCCGCGCCACGUUCGGGGAGCGGCGCGUCGACUCGCUCGGCGACGGCCCUGUUGAGUUCAAAAAGAGGAAAUUAAACAACCCCAAAAGAAAUAUGCGGCAAAAGCUGGAUGAUGAUUGAUAAUAACUAUGCUAUAAGUUUUAAUAUACGUUUUUAUCAAA